AGAGGCUUCAAUCCAAUGCAAAACUCUCUCUGAGAAACCAAACAGAUAAGAAAACAGCAACAAGAACACAAGAUAACAACUCCAGACUAGUUCAAAAGCUCGAACAGAGCCAUGGCAGCUUCCGCAACCGCGGCUGUGUUCUCCGGUCUAUGCUUCCGCCGCGGAUCAUCAGACUCCUCCAAGAGAUUGUCUUCCAAAACCCAAGCAGUUUCCGAUGUUGGGUUCGUCACCAGUCAGCUCAGUGGCCUCAAAAUCUCCCACGACAUGUCGUCUCAGCUCCCCAGUCCAAUCUUCACUCCUUCCCUCCCUGGCCUUCAGCCCAUUGUUGCGCGUAGAAUUUGUCCUUUUACUGGGAAGAAAGCAAACAAGGCAAACAAGAUUUCCUUCUCGGCCCACAAGACCAAGAAGUUGCAGUUUGUGAAUCUGCAGUACAAGAGGAUUUGGUGGGAAGGAGGGAAGCGGUUUUUGAAGCUGAGGUUGUCGACCAAAGCAAUCAAGACCAUAGAGAAGAAUGGACUGGAAGCCGUUGCCAAGAAGGCCGGGAUAGAUCUUCGCAAGUGUUGAAUAGCACUUGGUUUGUUUGAUUCUUUUUGAGUUGUUAAUCUGCAAGCUACUAGUUCUCUUUUGCUCACUGGUGUAUGUAUGAUAAAU